CAUGAUAACACAUAAUAUAUACAAACUGUAUAUUCACAAUUAGUCACGUAUUUUAAAGUAGUUGUAAGAAAAUAUAUAUUGUAAUAUAUUGUAAUUUCUAGAAUUUCUGUGUAAUCUAUUUACUAGCGAAUUGUUUGUAUGAUUUGGUAAUUGUGAAAUAUAAUUGCAGAUUUGGAGCAAACAAUACGUCAGAGAAUACGGACGAUUGUAUACGCAUAAUAAACACGCAUCAAAAACGAAUUAAUCAUGAGGACAAAGACUUCUUACAUUAGAUAACAAAAAUCUUUAUCUGCUGCGUGAUAUUUAGUCAUACUUCACCUUUUUUCAUUAUCGUUGACGAUAUUUUUAUAAUAUUAUUGUUCACGUACACACGUAUGAAGUAUGUGCUUUUACAGUUAUAUAAUCGUAUUUAUUAUUUGAAACUAAUAAAUAAAUAGUACAGUUGUAAAUAAUAAAAGUAAAUGUACGAUAAAUGAAGCAUAAAGUUUUAAAUUUUAGGCUUUUUUAGUUCUAACCUAAUUAUGAUUUAUUCAUGUAUUACAAAUAUAUCAGGUUUUUCACUUUACUAUAAAUAUUUUAUUAUUGUAAAUAUAUAUUAAAACGUAUAGAUAGUUAAAUUGUACUUUGUAUUUUAAUCAUUUUAUGGCACAAUAAAACAUCUCAGUAUAUACUAAAUUUGAUAUUCUUGGACUUUUUGCUUGAAUAUGUUUUGAUAUGCAGGGUUAUACUGUUGACCCCGAAAGUGGUGAAACGAAGAUAAGAGGAGAUUAUCCUAUUUUGAAGUCUUUUAUUGCGGGAUCAUUAUCUGGCACAUUUUCAACUAUUUUGUUUCAACCACUGGAUCUUAUUAAAACAAGACUUCAAAGCAGAGUGAAUCUCCAUCUCGAUUCUCCAAAAAGAGGAACAGUGGGAACUGUAAUUCAUAUAAUCAAGAAAGAAAAUGUGUUUGGACUCUGGAGGGGUAUGACACCGUCCAUAACCAGAGUUAUUCCUGGUGUAGGAUUAUAUUUUUCGUCGAUACAUUGGUUAAAACACACAUUCCAUUUAAAAGAUCCUCUCACAUCUACAGAAGCCAUGUUUUUAGGCAUUACUGCGAGGUCUAUGUCUGGAGCUUUAUUAAUUCCAAUAACUGUAGUAAAAACACGUUUCGAAAGCGAUGUGUAUAAAUAUAAUAGUAUCAGAGAAGCAUUGGCAUUAAUUUACAAGCAGGAAGGAGUGAGAGGUCUUUCGAGCGGAUUAGUACCGACAUUAUUAAGGGAUGCUCCAUUUAGUGGCCUUUAUCUUAUGUUUUAUACUCGAUUAAAAAAUAUCGUCAUGGAAGCUGAUUUACCAUACGCCAAAUCAUCAGCUCCGAUUCACUUUAGUUGUGGAAUACUAGCAGGAAUAUUUGCUUCUACUGUUACACAACCCGCUGAUGUGAUCAAAACGAAGAUGCAAUUAUACCCAAAUGAAUUUAGAGGAGUUCGUAAUGCGAUAAUCAUGGUUUAUAAGAAAUAUGGUGUGUUGGGAUAUUUCAAAGGCAUUGUUCCACGAAUGUUGAGAAGGACAUUAGUGACUGCUAUGGCUUGGACUGUAUAUGAAGAGGUUACAAAAAGUAUAGGGCUUAAAUAAAAUUGUUUUCAUUCAGUGGUAUGAUAAUUGUUUGGUGUCUGUUGGUAUGAAAUUAAACGAAAAUGAACAAUUCAUACACAGCAAAAGUCGCUCAGCCAAAUAUUUACACUUUGAUGUACAGUAUUUUAGUUUGUACAAAGAUUUAAUAAUAGCAAACAAUUGUAGUAUAGCAAAUAUUACUACUAUGUACAGUAUUUGGAUAGAGUUAUAUCCUAUCGCUUGAUAAUGUAUUAUUGAUGUGUAUAUACUUAUUUAAUAAAUUAUACAGUUUUGUUUUCAAUAUCA